AUGCCGCCUGUUAGUCCAACGGUAAGACAUUGAGUUGGAAUAGUUAGACUUGAGACCAAAAUAAAUCUCACAAUGAAUAUGAAAAUGAGGUUGAUUUUGUUGAUCUAUUUGUGAGAAAUCAGGAAAAGUUAUUUUGAAUUUGGAAUAAUUUUAAAACCCCGGAGGAUGUCAAAUUGAACGAAAAAUUUGAAAAAAAGAAUGUAUCGCCUAAAGAAGAAGCUCAUAAAGGUAUAGUUUGACCGAACCUCUGGUCAUUCAAAAUUAUUUAAAGAGUUUGUACCAGUCGCCCUGAGUAUGAGAAAUUCUUCGAGUAUUAGCAAAAAAUAUACUUAUUAUUCAAAAUUCCUAAAAAUUUCUAACCUUUCCCCCCAAACAACUUAAAAAUGUGUGGACUAGCAAAAAAUUCCGAAAAAAAAUUCAAGAAAGUUAUUUGAACUGUAUUUCUGAAAAUCUCAAAUCCAUUUCCUAAAUUGAUCCUACUCUUUAAACUCAUAGAACACCCAAAAUCCAAUUUCAAAACUUUUAAUUCAUAUUUCUCUCACUUCUUUCUCCCCCGUUUAAAAACCAUAGUCCAAAGCGCGAAAACGUCGAACUAUCAGAUGGAUAUCAAAACACUUUAUCAACGACCUACUUUUUCUCUUUUUUCAUCCCUCCAAAAAACUGUUUUUGCAGGUAAACAUGGAAGACGUCGACUUGGGAAAAGAUCGAACCAAUCUCAUUGAUUUUAUUUAUGGGGUUCGUACCAAAAAUCCUAUUGUUUCAUUUAAAAAGUUUUGUUUUUCAGAAACGUGACCCGGCAGAAUCAGUAUCACCAUCUGUAAACACGCCAGCUUUAAGUGUAAACUCGGAAAAACCAAUUAGUCCAAAAAAGAUCAAAGAAAGAAAAGAGAAAAAACCAUCGAGUCGAGUCAGUUGUUCAACAUGUGCUUGUUUUGUAUUAUUGUUGUUAACGAUUGCUGCAAUUUUAUUCGCCGCAUUUUUGGGACAUCAUUUAACAAAACAAAAUAAUGAAAUGAUGGCUGUUGGAAAUGAAACUGCUCCUCUUGUGGCUUGUAAAAAUAUGUUAGUUGAUAUAAUUUAUUUUAAAAAUACUCAUGUAUAUCAAAUAUUUAGCACUCGAACUCAUACAAAACAAUAUCGUCCAAUAAUUCAUGAAGAAGAUAAUGAUGAACAAGAUGCAAUUAAUGAACCAACUGUCGAACAACUUGCUCUUCCAAAAUCAAUUCAACCACUUUCAUAUCAAGUUUCAAUGUCACCAAAUGGAACUGGAAUUGCUACAGUAACUAUGAAUAUCACCGAAGAUACUAAUACAAUUGUUUUGAAUUCAAAAGAUAUUCAAAUUUCGGAAGGAAUACAAUUGUUGAAACCAAUAUCAAAUCGAGUUAGAAGAGAUGUUGAAUCUGGAAGUGGUGAAGAACCAGAAGAGGAAGUAGCAGAAGAGAAAGAAGAGGAUUCUGGAAUCAAAGUGAAAUCUGUUAAUAUCGAUGAAAAUCUUGAGAAAGUCACACUUGUUCUUGAUGGAACUUUGAAAGCUGGCUCUCAAAUUGUUGCGAAAAUUCCAUUUGCAUCAAAAGGUUCCUCGAAUACAAAUGGUCUUCGCGAAUACAAAAUGAAUAACAAAAGUAUUUUCACAACUCAACCAAGUUAUGCUUAUAUGAGACAUGUUUUCCCUAGUUUUGAUCAAGAAUCAUUCAAAGCUCCAGCUGGAUUAACAUUGACACAUCAAAAUGGAACUGUUGUUGUAGCAAAUACUGAAGUUAAAACUCAUAUGGAUGGGUGAGUUAUUGAAAAAUUGAAAUUCUAAAGUUAUCUUGAAGUUUUAAGAGAUCAAUUGGUUUCGACUCUUGAUAAAACAAUUGAUCCAGAUUUUGUUAUUGGAGAUUUGGUUUCAGCUGAAACAAAUACAUCUAGUGGAGUGACUGUAAGUUAUUCAUGAUAAACUUUAUCAAAAUUAUUUUUUAUAUUUCAAGAUUCGUGUUUGGACUCGUCCUGAAGUACAACAAAAUGCUCAUCUUGUUCUCGAGUAUGCCGACAAAGCUCUCGAUGAAUUGGAACAUAUUCUUCAAUCUCGCCUUGAAACUCAAAAACUUGACAUCAUCGGAGUUCCGAAUUUCCAACCAGGGAAUCGUGUCAGCCGUGGAUUCAUUGUUCUACCAGAAGAAGAUAUUUUGUACAAUGACAAGUCCAAUUCGGUAACCCAAAAAGUCCGACUCGUUCGAACUUUGGCUAACAAAAUAGCUGGACAAUGGUUUGGUGGAAUCACAAAUCCAGAAGAAUAUGGAACAUUUUGGUUGAAUGAUGCACUUCCAAGAUUUUUAGAAAUCGAAGCUGUCGAAAGAGUUCUCAACAUUCCAUCGGAUGAUUUGUGGACUCUUGAAUUGGAAGAGGUUUUGGAAAAAGAUGCAGCGAGCACAGCAAGACCACUUCGAGUCAAAAAAGUUCAUUCAUCAGCAGGAAUCGCUUCGAUUGAUCAUGAAUUCCUUGGAGAAAAAGGAGCUGUUCUUUUGAGAAUGAUUGAAAAAUCAAUUGGAAUGAAUGAUUUCAUCAAAGGAAUCAGAGUUAGUUUUUUUUCAAAAAAAAAUGGUAAAGUUUGAUAGACAAGUCUUUUUAGAACUUCGUGAGCUCUUAUCGAUCAAGUUAUCCAAAUGAUGAUGGAUUAUUGAAGUCACUUGAAAAAGCAAUCAACAAAAAAAUUGUUGGAUGGGAUGAUGAGCCAUUAGACAUUUCAAAAGUUGUCAAAACUUGGGUUGAUCAAAUUGGAUUCCCAUUGGUUUCAGUCUCAAAAUUGGAUGAAGAAAAUUUGGAGAUCUCACAAAAUAAAUUUUACAAUGAUAAUGAAACACCAGGAGAUGUUGAAUUCAAAAAUGCGAAGUAUUGGUUCAACUGGGAGGUUCCUUUGUUUAUUGCACCAGAAGAUAAAAAUGUUAGCUGGUUGCAUGAAAGUGAGUUGAAUGAAAAAUUGAUAUUGGAAAUUGAUUAUGAUUUUUUCAGCCAUUCGUUUCCCACUCAAUCAAUCGGACACAAUUCUUCUCAAUUCUGAAUCCAGUGGAAUCUAUCGUGUGAAUUAUGAACAAACCCGUUGGAACAAACUUGCUGAGCAACUGUCGGACAAUUUUGCUCAAUUCAAACCAGAAGGACGUGCUCGACUUUUAUCAGAUAGUUUUGCUUUGGCGAAUUCUGGAAUCAUUCCAUUUGAGGUCGCUUUGAAUCUCACUACAUAUAUUUCGAAAGAAACACACAAUUUGCCAUGGAUUAUUGCGGCUCGAAAUUUUGCAGAUUUGGUUAGAAAAUUGGAAGAUUCGCCACUUCAAGAUAAACUUAACGUGAGUCCCUAUUUUUAAAAACAAAAUUAGAAUGAAAAAUUGUUUUAGGCUUGGAUAUACUCAAAAGUAUCUGAUAAAUUUGAAAAACUUUCUGCCGAUUCUGAUGAUUAUUUGAGUUCACUUUUGUAUGAGCAACUUAUCGAAUUAUUAUCAUCAAUCAAACCAUUGAAAUCCAAUCAUCAGCUGAACCAAAUCUUCCAAUCAAAAUUCUUGGAGCCAUGCCAAAACUCGAGCUACAGUAGUCAAUGCUCAACAGUUCCAGCUCAUCUUCGUGAUGAAGUUUAUUGUAAUGGUGUUGAAUUUGGAGAUGAUGAUAUUCUUGAACAAAUCACACAAUUCGCAGAUGCUGAAAUUGAUGGACAAGAGAAAGAUUCACUUGUUGAUAGUUUGGCAUGUUUCAGAGAUCCAAGAGUUCUUCGAAGAAUUAUUCAACAAAAUUUGAAUAGUACAAGUAGAACUGUUCAAUUGUUGAGAAACAUGAAUACAAGACCUGUUGGAAGAGAAGUUGCAACAAAUUGGAUUUUGGAUAACUGGAGAGAUUUGAAGAAGAAAUUCAAGGAUGAUCCAGAAUCUUUGAAUCAAAUUGUUGAUGCUGGAAUUGCUGUAGACAAUGAGAGGGAAAGAAGUACAGUAAGUCUAGUUUCAUUUGAUGAGGAAAAUCUUCCUAACCGUUUUUUAGCUUGAAACCUUCAUCAAUCAACAUCACAAGAGUACACAUCCAUUGAUUUCUAAACUUGAUCGUAAGAUUGAAGGAGCAACUUCGGAUAUUUAUUGGAGAAAAUCGAGAAAUUCUGAAAUUUCCGAUUAUUUGAAUGGAAAAUUCAAAGGGCCAGAGAAAGAACAAGUGAAAGAUGAAGAUAGUGAAGAAAUGUAA